UCACCAUUACAACGCAAAACUACCGCAGAAACAACUUAACAGAGGAAAUCCAUGGGGGGUUCAUCUGACAACAAUGUUCUUGCUGUGCUUGCCAAGAACAUUGAUGUUCUUGCACUGCCUCUGGUGUCUCUUGCUUAUCCACUGUAUGCGUCUAUUGGGGCGAUAGAGACAAAGUCUCGAGCAGAUGAUCGGCAAUGGCUGACAUAUUGGGUUCUGUAUUCCUUGAUUACACUCUUUGAGCUUACGUUUUGGAAGGCCCUUGAAUGGUUUCCUAUCUGGUCCUAUGCAAAGUUGGGUGCAAUAUGCUGGUUGGUUCUGCCUCAGUUCAACGGAGCAGCAUAUGUGUACGAGAAUUUCAUCAGACCUUUCUACAGAAACCCGCAGGUUAAAAUCUGGUAUGUUCCACUGAAGAAGAAGGAUAAUGUUUUUAGCAAGCCGGACGAUGUGUUGACGGCGGCCGAGAAAUAUAUUGAACAGAACGGACCUGAGGCGUUUGAAAGGCUCAUAGCUAAGGCGGACAGAGAAUCAAGAGCUAGGAGAAGUAACUACAUGAUAUUUGAUGAUGAUUAUCGGUAUUGAUCGAUCGAGUUUAAGAUUGUUUAUUUUUACUAUGAUAUGAUGUUGGAAAGUGUCGUACGUUAUUAUUGUGUCGAUCGUGUUAUAUUAGGUGAUUUUUAGGUUUAAUAUGUCUUGCAUACCUUUGAUUCCUAGGCAUUGACGAUGUAUCAUGAAAACGUUUGUCGUGGUGUAUGUGUUUAUGAAACCAAUGGUUUAUCUUA